GGCGGCGGCGCGACAUGGCGGCGGGCGCCGCCUGAAGGGCGCCCCCCGCCCGCGCUCCCGCGCCGCCGCCGCGCCCCUCGCCCAUGGCCGAGGCCUGGCGGCUGGAGGAGGACGAGGAGGAGCCGCGGGAGCGGGGCAGGAGGCACCGCAGGGGCGCGCUGAGCGCGGCGGCAGAUCGCUCUGAAAGAAAUAAACCAGACUGCCGCUCUUCAGGCCAAGGACCUUUGUCAUCCAUAAGAGCAGCAAUCAAGAGAUCUUCUCGGACCUCUAGCCAUAGUGAGCAGCAGAGGGAUAGAAGGCGUCCUGAAAUUACAAUAGUUGCUGCUGAACCCCUCCGGCAAUCCUCCUGGUUUCCGGGUGCGAGCCCUGUCACUCCCCAGGGAUUAGGAUUCCCUUCUGCUUCGUCUCAUGCUCAGUGGAGAACAAAUGAACUUAUUCCAGCUGAGCUUCCACCAUCUUAUGAACAGGUGAUAAAAGAAAUCAAUCAAGUGCAAGUCAAUACAACAAAUAACAAUAAUGCUGCUGCUCCUAGACAUACCACUACUUCUGCAACACAAACUGACUUUCCAGAGGAACUUAUCAGUCGUUUUCCAGGAAGUAAUGUAAAAAACAGUCUGCCUGCAUGCUGGGAAUCUGCAAGCUAUCCAGCAGGGCAGAGUCCUCUCAAACCUCCUAGGCCUUCUGCAUCUCUCCUGAAUAGGUCUCCUUCAGAAAAUGAGACUUCCUUAAUAGUCUUUGAAGUUUCUGAAGGUCAGAGGUGCCAAGAAAAUCCCAAUGCUGUGAUAUGUCCUGUGCCAAAGCCAAGAUCAAAAAGCAAUCUUAGACCUGUGGUCAAAAAUACUGAAAGUAGAAUACCAGACAAUGGGGAAGAAGUGAAUCAGGCUACCACAAGAAGGCAUCAACCUCCAACUCAGCAGUUAUCUCUCUUAGAUGAUAGCUUACUGGACAAUCACUUGGCAAUGGACAGCAUGAGUACAGAAAAGAGCCAAAAUAGUAUUGUUUCAAGGAUCAAAGCUUUUGAAUCCCAAGCAACUAAUGAUACCUCAGGAUCAUCAAGAAAACCAGAAAUUGCUCCACGAUCAUUCACCUCAAGAUCUGUAACUGCAAAGAAGCCAAUAGUUGCUCCGAAGCCAGGUGUAAGCAGAGUUUCAGGAGACUGGGAUUCAUGGACAGAAAGCAAGUCAACACCUUCUUCCAAGGAAUUGCAGCCUCAACCUGAAGUAGUUGGGAGCAGUGUUGUAACCAAACCUGAACUGCCAAAAAAACCAAAACCUGGCCUUGUAAAAAGUGUUAGUAGCGAUUUUGUUGGUGCAAGGAGUGGGUCAGUUGCAGAGAACAGUGAUGGACAAAAGAAAUUUCCUGUUCCUGCUCCGAGGCCACUUGUUCCCAAAAAGUCACGUUAUGUAGAAAAUCCUGCCCUUCCACUGGCCUCAGUAAAACCAAUUACUGCUGCUCCCCGUCUUUCUGUAUCUGCCCAAGAAAAAGCUUUCAAGCCUCUGGGGGAGUCGCUCUCAACCAGCUCCUCAGCACCUGCUUUGCAAAGUAAACUAGACGUGGAAGGAGAUCUGAUCAGUUUUGAUGAUGAUGUUUUGCCCCUAAGUCCAGUUUGUGUAGUUAAAGAUAGCAGCAGUUCUGAAGCAGCAGCAGAUCCAUUUCAGCUCCUCUCCAAAAGUGAGCCUGCAAAGGAACAGACGGUUCAACCAGCUUUAGCCCGGAAACCCACUGUUAUCCGAAUCCCAGCUAAACCCGGGAAAUCUUUAAAUGAAAUUCCACAUAGCCCUCCACCACUUCCUGCUGAAAAGCCAAUUGGGAACACCUCUACUAUCACAGUGGGAAAACCCAGCAAUGGUGGUCAAGUAAAAAAAGGGGAGUUGGAUCAUUCAGAACAGGCUGGAACACCUCACCUAGAACCUGUGCUACCCGCGAGGCCUGUGGAUGGAAGGAUUAUACCGGCUCGACCUCCCCCACCUAAAGGUGUUCCUGGAAGGCCACCUCCACCAAAACUCUCUGCAGUCAAGACCUCCUCCCUAAAGGACCCUCUUUCUUGUUCCACGUCUGACAUCGCUUGUGAUAAAAAACCCAGCAAGUUCAGACUGGGACCCAGGAGAGCAAAGAGCCAAGUCUUAAAAAAUCAGGAUCCAGCAUUACCUCCUAGGCCUAAACCAGGUCAUCCUCUCUACAAGAAAUACAUGCUACCUGUGCCUCAUGGAGUUGCCAAGGAAAACUUUCUUCCCAGGAACCAUGGAGAACUGUCCUGUAAGGAUUCAAACAAUUCUCCAAAGGUUUCUGACAGAAAUGCGCCUCAUGCUGUAGUCUUGCAUGAUUUUACUGCGGAGCACGCUGAUGACUUGGACCUUCAUUCUGGAGACACCGUUUGCCUUCUGGAGAAAAUCGAUGCUGAGUGGUACAGAGGAAAAUGUGGGAAUCGCACAGGGAUAUUUCCUGCCAGCUUUGUUAAAGUAGUUGUAUGUAGGCUUUGUAUAUGCUGCUAUAUUGAUGUUCCAGAAGAAAACAACAGGAAAAAAAUACUCUGUUCAUCACAUUCUAUUAACUUUUCUUGUUUGUACAGAGGCCCAAGAUGCAUUGCACGAUUCGAAUUUAUUGGAGACCAGAAAGAUGAGCUCAGUUUUUCAGAAGGUGAAACUAUUAUCCUUAAAGAAUAUGUAAAUGAAGAAUGGGCCAAAGGAGAGCUCAGAGGCACAUCUGGAAUUUUCCCCUUGAAUUUUGUGGAAGUAAUUGAAGAUCUGCCAGAAACAGGUGUAGGAGCAUCACUGAAGAACAAGAUGGAAGUUUCCUCUUCCCUCCCUCAGAACAACAGACAUUCAGUAGAGUGGUGUGAAGCACUUCAUGAUUUUACAGCAGAAACCAAAGAUGAUUUAUCCUUUAAAAAGGGAGACUGCAUCCAAAUCCUGGAACAAGUAGAUUCAGAGUGGUACAGAGGAAGACUGAAUGAAAAGGAAGGGAUUUUCCCAGCAGUUUUUGUUCGGACCUUCUCAGCCAGGGUAGAGACGUCACAAUCUCAAGGAGGCAGGAAAGGAAAAGCCAAAGCUCUUUAUAAUUUUCAUGGAGAAAAUGAAGAUGAGCUUUCAUUCAGAGCAGGCGAUACGAUAACAGAGCUGGAAUCUGUAGAUGAGGACUGGAUGAGUGGAGAGAUGCAAGGAAAAUCUGGGAUAUUUCCCAAAAACUUUGUUCAAAUUUUGAAAACACCAUAAAGCGUUGCCUGCCUUCGUGCUCCCUGCGUGUGGGAGAGAAUGUUUUCCAUCCCAAAGGCACAGCAAACAAGGACAUUGCCAUUUUUUGACUAUCAAAAUGUUUUGCACUACUUUUUCUAGACAGUCAUACCCGUAUCUUGAAGUCAGAUACGAUAAUUUUAGUCUUUUGUGACAGUGUAUUCAGUCAUGCUUCAUGAAUGCUCUGAGAGUAAGUAAAAGCAGGAUUUUUAGCAGAUUCCAACGAGGGAAGUAUGGUGGUGAAGUACCAUUUUCACUUAAAUUUUUAACUUGUUCUUAACAUUCUACUAAGUUUACUGUCUGGUAGUACAUUUAUCAUGUAUAAAGUCUGCAUAAAAUAAGCUUCUUUGAGCUUCUUUAAAAACUGUUUCUUAAAUCUAAAUUAAAAAAUAGUUUUUAAGAUAUAAUUACAGCAUUCAGUAUGUAGAUCAAGUUCAAUAUUCAGGUUUUAUUACUGCUUGACUUCCACAUUGAAGUAGAAUCCACUUGUUUUAUGACUUAGAUGAUAAGGAAGAUAACUUAUCUCUGUAGAAAACUAUCAAAUCUAAUAAUGAUAGAGGAAAAACUCAGAAGUGAAUCCUUGUGUGUAGUACUCUGCUAAAACUGUUCAUACAGGGGGAUCAGAAAAGUAAAAUUUAAGUGUUUUGCCUCUUGAUAGUGUUUAAACCAGUGCAAGUCAUUUCUUAAACCUUCCCACCCCCCCAGUCCUUUGCAGUUGUAGGGUAUUUUUUCCAUGAUCUGCUGUUCUUCAAGCACCACCCUACCCUUCUUCUCCUGGCUGAAGUUAAAUCAAUAAGCAGUGUCCAGCACAAGCUUCCUCAGAUCCCCCCUCUGCAGUAGUUAGGCUAUUUGCCCCCCCCCCCCUCCUCCUGUACGUCCAGGGAAAGCCAGUCCUCACUCGCUCUGCGUUUCAUUUGUCACUCUCCAGCACUGGAACAUACUUCAGUAAUGCUAUUCCUAUCCUUGACGUGAAGGAUAUGAAACAGCCUCAGUUUUAGCUUUCAGCAGCCACAGGGAUUCAUUUUCACUUUGUUACCACAUACUGCUAUACUGAGUAUCAUUAUAAAUGGUUUAUCAAGGCCUUAAGGGAAGGAAAAAAAACAAGCAGCUGGGGAGAAGUUACUUCAAGAAGCUGUAACAAAAUAAUUUAGUAAAAGGCAGUGCAAUUUGAAGUACAUAAACUAAAACAAACAUGAUUGAGGUAGCUUCAGAUUAUAAGAACUUCGAGAAGUAAACUACUUCUCAUGACACUUGGCCCCUGACAAACUAGUUUAAACGUAUCUUGAUUAAUAGCUAACUUACCAGACUGAAAUAUAAAACAAAAUUAUGCUGUGGUUGGCUCUUUCAGCAUUGACAGUAUUCCAUCCAUUGCUUUUGUACCAUGUAAGAAAGGAAACAUAAGUUGUUAAGCAUGAGUUCUUACUUCAGCGAGGGAGGUGACGCCUUUCCCAAGGACCACUGCUUACAAAUGCUUAUUUGCAGGCCUGGAAAGUUCAGGCGGCCAAAAGGGCCAGUAGCUGAGUGCAAGUGGAGAUGGUGGAAACUCGCAUCAUCAUGACUGACCUUGGGAGAGUUUGAUUUAGUCACGUAUCUGCUUAAAGGUUUAUCGAUGGGAGAUCCAGGUACGGCAACGAAGACAUACAGCUACAGUAGGCUGGGCUGCGUCUAAAUUAGCGUUUAGCUGCAGGUAAGCGAGCCGGACCUUGAGGGCAGCCCUCCCCACUCAGCGCACUGUUGUUCCCAUGGCAGCAGGCGCAAGCUUUCAGCCAAAACUCCCCCGAAAGUCUCCCCAGCAGGGAAUGGGUGUGCAGCAUCGCGCGCGCAGGCCGGAGCUCACCUGCUGCCACCCCCCGCUGAAGUGCGUGCAGCCCGGACACCCUCAGCACCGCUCUGCUCCCGAGGGGCGCUGCGGUACCACAGUGCUUGCAAAUGCAGACGCGGUCAUUAGCGCUCCGGUUUACCACCGCAGCUUCUCUCGAAGUUUCAUGAAAGAGCAUUACAUGUUUAUUCUGCAUCAGUACUUGCUACCGCAUCUGGGGGAUGAAGAUCACACACAGCUUUAGCAAGCUGAGAAUUGGAUUUUUACUCUUUAAGGGGAUUAACAUUAGGAAAACAGAAUUAUAAACCCUGUGCUAUUCCACAAAGAUGGAAACAAGACAAUUUAUACAGCUGUUACUCAGUUUUACCUUACCGCCGAGCCCGUCCUGAGCUCCUGUGGAAUCAGACUAACACAAACCACGUCUGAGGACAACGCUUCCCACUCCGCAAGCUCUCCUGCCAGGAAAGGCCAAAGAUUCUUAUUGUUUAUUCAGAGAUAACAUCUAUUUCCUUCUGUAGGACUCUGAGGAAGCAGAGAGAGAGAGGUUUCUGACUGCUGCAAGCCUUCUCAGCCACAAACUUUCAGUGGAUCACUCUAUUAAAACAUGCUGCUUCUCCAUGACCCCUGCCAGGGCACUUCAUGAACCUCUUGUAAGCACAGGAAGGGGAGAACAAAAUAAAAUAAAUAAAUAAAACAGAAUACCCAAGUCCUCCAAAGAUACACGUAAUCAUUGUGGAGGUAGGUGAGGAUUAAGUGUAUGAUGUUUACUUAUUUUUUGUCUGGCAGUUUUCUAAAAUUUUGAUACAAGUCUUAAAGUAGAAUUAAAUUUUUAUAUUUUUUCAAUUUCCUCUCCCCCUAUUUUUAUAAUUGUACAUUGAUCAGUUGUUUUUGUAACUUACGUUCGGUGUUUAAAGUCUGUGCCUGUCAGUAGAUAAACCCACUCUGCUUUACUUUAAUCCUCUCCUCCUUACUAUGUAGGGCUAGAAGAGCAGCAAAGCCUGACAUUCAGAGCAAGGAGUGCCAUCUGAAGGCUGUGUGCAUUACUGCAGUCAGCUAAAAUCAAUUUUUUUUGUUAAAAAUGAAGGAAAUUAACUGCUUGGCUUUUACAGAAAGUAUACAGUACAUAAUUUGUACCAAAGUAGGAAUGAGGUCACAAAUCAUACCUGCAGCAUAGUAGCAAAUCUCAGAUGUAACCUUGAAAUUCAGCUAGGGCCUGACACAUUAGUAGGAUAGAGAAUGGUUUUGAUACACUCAAGGCUUCUCUUGUUUGACCCAUCCUCUGGAAAUACCUUUAGGAGGAAGACUUUGUUUUGUGUACAAAUAUCAGUGUGUUAAGUAAACUUUUACAAGUCCACUAAGUUUGUUAUGGUACCACUGUAAAUUAAAGAUGUAAUUAACCAGUAAAUUUUUUUUUAAAUAUAA